AUGGGGGAGUUAAAUAAAGAGGUUGUGGAUAUAGUUUGGGAAAGACCAGGCAGCAACGGGAUGUCCGCUUCAAUCUUUCGGAGAUGGACCCAAGGUAAGCGGCCUCACCUCUGCUUCGCUCCAUUCUGGUGCACCCCCCUGUAACCCCCUCUAACCUGAACACAAUCCAGACAUUGUCAGUGUUGAACCAGGUAGUGGUGGGGCAAAAGAAGUGACUGAUGUGAUUCCUAUGUUACAGGGUUGGUCUUCAGUGAGACAGAACACACAGCACUGGAGCAGUUUGAAGGAGGACCCUGCGCUGUCAUUGCUCCUGUACAGGUAUGGACCAGUCACCAGACCAGACAGUGCAUAACCUUACACAAAAACAUGAGUUAGGUGGCCCAGCCUAUGAGCAGGUAGAGGGUGUUGGUGUCUGUUACCAGGGUGAUGAUAUCACGACAGGCACACAUCUUCUUAGAUAGCACUUUCUGGAAGUCAGCUGACAGGCACUCAGCUGAGAAGCCUUCUCUACUACUGUUUAUUAUACUGUUUAUAUUUAUUAUUGCUUUUUUGAUCCUACUGGUGUAGAGAUGCUUGUAGAAUAUUUCCUUAUUGUGUGUUUCCUGCAGGCCUUCCUUCUGAAGAACAUCUUGUUUAACAGAGAGAGUUCUAACUGGAGACACAUCACAGGUAACCCUGACCUCUAACCCUAACCCAGCAUUUCCCAAACUCGGUCCUCGGGACCCCAAGGGAAGCACGUUUUGUUUUUUGCCCUUACACUUGUCGUGGCAAAAUUACAAACUGUUAUUUUCAUGCGCUGUAUAAGCCUUAAACCUGUACAUUUCCAACUGUCUGUUUGAAGGUCUUGUAAGAAGAAGCUGGUGUUUUUCCACUCUGCUUCUGUUCAACUUGGUCACACGGCAUCAGAAAAAAAGCCUCAGUAUUCUUCUCAUAUCUGUUCAAGGGCACAGCUGUGUGGAGAUAUGAGGAGAACAGAGGCUGGCUUGAACAGAAAGGAGUAACGUUAUCACUUGUUUGUAUGAACACAAGGUAGCUUAUGAUGCCCUGAUCUGCCGGGGAGGGGUGGAACCAGCCAUGAUUAAGCAUUUUUAGGUCCACUAUAUAAGACGUCAGCAUUUCCUGUUGGGCUCUCAACUAAUCACCUACGGGUGGUCGUUGACCAGCUCCAUUAUUGCAAGAAUGAAUCUAUAACAAAUAAAGAUGAUUGUUUGAAGAAAUGACAAAGUCUGUCUCACUUGAUUAGAAUUUCCACGACAAUACUACACUGCUGAUACAAAUGAUUAAAGCUUGUUGAUUAGUUAAAUAUUUGAAUCGGCUGUGUAGUGCAAGGGAAAAAAACAAAACGUGCACCCCUUUGGGUCCCGAGGACCGAGUUUGGGAAACCCUGCCCUGACCCUGUUUAACAGAGAAAGUUGGAACUGGAGACGCAUCACCUUGGCAAUUAAUGAAUCUGAUUCUCAUUGUAUGUGUUCCUUGUAGAGGAGGAGCAGAAAGCGGCCCUGUGUUCUACUCUGGCUGAGAUCCUGGAACAGGCCUGCUCUACCUCCUCCACUACCUCCUACUGCCUAGUGACCUGGGCCAAGGGACAGAGCCCCCACACUACCACUCACACACCCCUCACAGGGGGUCCAGAGACCAGCCAGACCCUGCAAGACCAGCAACCUAGUGAGUCCCACUACUCAUCAAUCCACUAAUACCCAUCUAAUAUGAAUAACUGCAUUGCUGUAGUGAGAUGGUAUUAAUCAUUGCAUAUGAUAGUGGGUAGACUAGAUAGUGAGUAGUAUUGCAGUCACUGUUAAUCUAGAAUAAUGACAUUGUGUUCUGUCUGCGUUACCUAAGUUGUUUCACUUAACUGCUCGGAGUGUGAUGCUAAAACGUGUGUGUGUGUUUGCAUCUCUGUGUGUGUGUGUCUCCUGUGUGUAGCUGCUUUGGCUGCUGAGGAUCUUGGCUUUGAGCGGUUUCACAGCAUCCUCCAGUAAGUAACUCUACUGACUGUGGCUCGUCUCUCUAUUGGCCGUGACUUCCAUGGAGAUGAAAGGAGCACUGCAUUGCAGGAAAAUCAGGAACACUAGUGUGUGUGUGUGUCUCCAUCUGUCUGGGAUUGGCUAAGCCUGUGUGUGUGACUGGAGUUUCUCGAUAAUGAUUUACAACCUGCUGACUCGGCACACACACUCCUCACUGAUUCCUUAAUGAGACACACACACAGUCUUUGAUUCUCUGCCAGAGGAGCAUUAGAUUGCCAUCUGGUACAUUGCGUAAUGACAUCAUACAACACUGUCAGCAUUAACUACUGCACAGUCAUAGCAGUGUGACUUUAAAUGACUGCUAUACAAUAACGUUUUAGUAACUGUUCAGUAGUUGUAUGAUUAUUAUACCUACAGUAACCUGAACCCCCCUCCUGUCUCUGACUUCUAAAUGAGUGUGAUUUCAUUAGAGGUGCUCUCGCUCACCUCUAGCCCCUGACCUUUGACCUCUAACCUCUACAGAAAGCGUAUUGUGAAGUCAUUAUCAGAGCUUAGAGAGGAGGUUGUGUCUCUCUACGAAACCUGGAAAGGGCGCUGUGGAGUCCUGCUCUUCCUCUACUCUGUCAUCCUCACCAAGGUAAGGCUCUGCGUGUGUUUGUGUGUGGGUGUGUAUUACUCUGUGUGUGCAUGUAACCACUUUCUCUUUGUGUCUACAGGGGAUAGAGAACAUCAGGAAUGAGAUUGAAGAUACUACAGAGCCUCUCAUAGAUCCAGUCUAUGGCCACGGCAGGUACGUCCCCUGAUCCCUCACUUUAUUUAAUCUUUAUCAGCUACAUUUCUUUUGACAACUUGAGCUAAGGGAUGUUCCAAAAAGGUUAAGCCACUACCUUUCUUUCUGCAGUCAGAGUCUGGUUAACCUGUUAGUGACGGGCCAUGCUGUCUCUAAUGUGUGGGACGGAGACAGGGAGUGCUCUGGCAUGAGUAAGUACUCCACACACACUGACACAAUUCUUUUGACAUUGUAGUCAUUUAGCAGAUGCUCUUAUCCAGAGCGACAUAGUGUUAAGUGCAUACAUUUUCAUACUUUUUUCGUACUGGUCCCCCAUGGGAAUCGAACACACAGCAGAUUACAUUUUCUUAGUGCAAAGUGUUGUGCAAUAAACCUCAUUAUCUGGCAGCGUGAUUUAAUUUGAAACUUUUCUUCAAUGUGCAUUAUGAAGAGGCAACUAUUUAUUUCUCAGUUUACUAAUGGUGUUACGGAGACAUUGUCCAGUCUCCUGGUGACUGUCAUCCCACAGCUGAACACUAGAUGGCAGUGAUCAGCCACACUUUCACUGGGGGAACAUGCACACAGAGACUGUCCAAAGAAGUUGUUUCACUUAAAGUUUUUUUGGUCUAAGCUGGGCCUCUCUCUCUUUCCCUCAGAGCUCCAUGGUAUCCACAACCAGGCAUCAGUGGGCUUCCUCACUCUCAUGGAGUCACUACGCUACUGCAAGGUACGAACACACAUACACACACAGACUGACAUUCCUUCAGGUUUGUUAUGUCCAAACCAUGGUGGUGAGUUUGUUCUUGUUCACUAGUCUCGAAUGAUUGCGGCGAGAGAUUCAAACAUGCUGUGAGAGAAUCAGCACCACAAAUAAUCACAUUCUCAUACACACUCCCUCUCUCACACAUACUGACACUUCUUGUGUGUGACUGACUCUGUGUAGUAGGACAUUUAUGAUCUGGAUAGUGGUGGAAAACACAAAUCACUCUGCAAGCUCCCAUGUGAAAAUGUGUUUGGAGGCAAUAGUUCUAACCCCCUAACCCCAACCCUACACACACCCCACACUCACACAUACUGGGAGAUUUGAGGGCGAGAAGAACAUUUUACAGAAAAUAAAAAAUACAGAUUUUCACCCUUUGGAAACUAGGGGCUGUUUUCCUAGGGGCUAGAGGAAAUGUGUAAGGAGCCGGGACUACAGUAGAGUAGUAGAAUAGCUGAGUAAGUCUGGGUAGCUGAGUUAGACCUGGGUACAUUGGUAUGUUCAUGCUAUAAACCUGCCCAUUGAACAACCAUUGUAUUAGCAACAAUAUCACAUAGCCUUCUCUUCUCUAUUACUGUACAUAUUUUAUUACGACAUCAGAUUAUAUUCCCUGAUCAUUCCUCCUGUCAGUUGAACUGGCAUCAGAAAGACUUUAGAGUCUGUAAAACGAACCUGUUCUGGGUUCAGACAGUAAAGUCAUUCUGGAGUCCGAAUCAGAACUGCUUUGCUCCAGUUGUGGUUUGUAUGUGUGUUUCAGGUGGGUGCGUUCCUGAAGUCUCCGAAGUUCCCUAUAUGGAUCCUUGGCAGUGAGACUCAUCUCUCAGUGUUCUUCGCCAAGGUAAGAAUCCCACAAAAACACACACUCAACCUGGGCCCUGUGUGUAAUAUAAGCCAGUCUCUCUUCCAGCGGCAG